AUCACCCUUCUGGAAUGGACUCGUUUCGUUAGUCGCCUGUCUAUUUCUACUCCUUUUUCUUCAACCUUCAUCCCCAUCCUCUUCCUCGCCUUGAGCAGUUUCUUCUAGUGCACGCUCUGAAAAGCCGAAACAGAUACAGGUGUUGUCUGAUUUUGGUGAUGGGGGAAGAAGCCGGCAUGGAUGCUACUGAAGUGAUCAGGCACCAAAAUGGAGGCAGCAGUGAUCAGAGUCUUGAAUUUGACAUAUACCCUUUGAAUAGCUACUACUUUGGCUCCAAAAAUACCAUUGCCUUCAAGGACGAGACCUUGGCUGAUCGUCUUCAGAGAAUGAAAUCUAACUAUGCUGCUCAUGGGAUACGAAAUUGCGUGGAAGCCGUCAUGCUGGUUGAGUUGUUCAAACACCCACAUUUGUUGCUGCUACAAGUAAAAAAUUCCAUCUUUAAACUCCCGGGUGGUCGCCUAAGACCUGGCGAGUCAGAUAUUGAUGGAUUAAAGCGUAAGCUGGCAAGGAAGCUUUAUGCUGGUGAAGAUAGGGAUGGGGCUGAAUGGGAGGUGGGCGAAUGCCUUGGAAUGUGGUGGAGACCUGAUUUUGAAACUUUACUGUAUCCGUACCUGCCACCUAAUGUGAAGAGCCCAAAGGAGUGCACGAAACUCUACCUUGUGAAGCUACCAGAGUCACGACAGUUCAUUGUGCCUAAGAAUCACAAACUGCUUGCUGUCCCCUUGUGCCAAAUUCAUGAAAAUCACAAGACAUAUGGGACAAUCAUAUCAGGAGUUCCCCAGCUACUGUCAAAAUUUUCUUUCAACAUGAUCGAGUCUUGAAUGAAAUGGCUGACUCACUAGUGACUCCCUCCUUGCUUAUUUGGUUCCGUGCAGGGCCUUGUAUAUAUUUUAGAUUAUAUUAUAUGCCAUCCUAUAACAGAGUGAUAUUGUAAAUUUUGUUUUUUUGUUUUUUUUACCAAAAGAGUGAUGUUGUAAGUUGAAAACAGAUGCAUAUAUCAUAUAUGGUUUGAGUAUAUUUCUCUUUU